UUUUAGCUCACGCCAAGGGCAUUACAUUUUCAUUUCUGUUUGCAGCUUCUGAAACCUUUGACACUUUCAUCAUUGUUUAGGGUUUUCUCUCGAUCGUAAUUUCUGCAACAAUGGGAAGAAGAAGAAGAAGAGAAACGUUUCCACACGAAGAAGAUGAGCGAGAGAAAAUCAGAAAGAAAGGAAAAAUCAAAGAAUCUGUUACCUUCGAAGUUGACGACGACGACGAGGAAGACUUGGAUGUUUUUGAGAAUGAUGGGUUUAUUGUUGAUGAUGCCGAAGAUGAUGAGGAGGAAGAAGGAGAAAAUAAAAAACAAGCACAAAAGAAGAAAAAAGAGAGGAAAUCAUUGAAAAACAUUGUUCUUGACGAUGAGGAUCUUGAGUUGAUUCGCGAGAACAAGAGCUUCAAUCAAGAAACAUUGAGAGAUGGAAAAUUCAAGAGGCUUAGAAAGGCUGGUGUAGACUCUGAGCUGAUGGAAUACUCUUCUGAUGAUGGAGUAUCACUCUUUGAUGAUAUUGCUGAAGAUGAGACUAACGAUGAUGUAGAGGAUGACAUGGCAGAUUUUAUAGUGGAUGAUGAAGAUGUCAUCUAUGGUAAGGGAGAUUCUCUCAGACAAAAAAAGCUUAAAGGCAUAAAAAAUUCGCCCGCAUUUUCAAAAGACAAACAUAGUUUUGGCAAGGAAGGUCAGCUGGAAAACCACAUUGGGAAAGUUCAAAUUCAUGCUACUAAGUCUGAUGAUCCUAACAAGUAUAAAUCAUUCAUCCCUACUGACAUGCACACAGCUGGAGAGGAUAACUGUGUAAAUGAUAUGGACAUACCUGAGAGAAUGCAGAUAAUUCAGGACAUUGUAGGAUCUGCAAUUGACAGAAUGAGUAUAGAAGAAGAAAGUUCAUGGAUACUAUGUCAACUAGCAUCCAACAUAAAUCCAUUGUUCAAUGAGGCUAAAUCCUGCAGAUUAGUCAAUACAGCAAAAAGGGAAGAUAUUAUUAGUUUCUUGGAAUUGCAUCAUACAAUGAAAUAUGAUAUUCCAUUUAUUGCAAUGUACCGGAAGGAACAAUGCCUUAGUCUUCUAGAAGAUCCAAAAGCGGAAGAAUUAGAAAACAUAUUCAAUGAUAUUGAAAGAAAGCCUAUGUUGAAAUGGCACCAGAUGCUCUGGAUAAUACAGGAAUUGGAUAAAAAGUGGUUGUUUCUUCAAAAGCGGAAGAGCUUGCUCAUGGAAUACUAUAACAAACAUUUUGAGGAAGAACGCGAAAUGUCUUUCCUUGUUGAUGAAUCCAGUUUUCAUAAGCAGAUAUUUGAUUCAAUCACCAAUAUGCUCAAGAAGGCUGAAACUGAGAGUGAGAUUGAUGAUAUUGAUAGGAAGUUUAAUUUGCAUUUUCCACCAGCUGAGGUGUUUCUUGAUAGUGGUUUUAAAAGGCCUCUGACAAAAUCAUACUACACCAAUUGCAAUAAGGCAGGGCUGUGGUCACUUGCAAACAAAUUUGGCGAUCCUGAGAAAUUUGGUUCUUUAGUUACUCUUGAGAAAGUGGGAACAAAUAGUGAAGAAGAUCCGCAGGAAUCUCCAGAGGAAAUAGCAUCAAUGUACAAGUGUCAAACCUUUCAAACUACAGAAGCUGUACUUAAAGGGGCUAGACACAUGGCUGCAGUGAUGUUAAGCAGUGAGAUUCCUUUCAGGAAAUAUGUGCGCACCAUAUUUAUGGAUAAGGCAUUAGUUUCAACUAGCCCUACAAUAAAAGGAAAUACAACAAUAGAUUCCUUUCAUGAAUUUGCUGGUGUUAAGUGGCUGCGGGACAAACCUCUCUCAAAGUUUGAGGAUUCCCAGUGGCUAUUCAUUCAGAAGGCUGAAGAAGAGAAACUUCUUCAAGUUAAAAUAGAGUUGCCUGAUCAUACCAUAAAUGAAUUGACAAUGACUUGUAAAGAUUCCUAUCUCAAAGAUGGUGAAGGAAUAUCUACUAGGAUUUGGAAUGAACAGCGUAAAUUAAUCAUGCAGGAUGCCAUUUCAAAUUUCCUUUUGCCUGCUAUGGAAAAGGAUGCUCGGGCAUUGUUAAAUGCUAAGGCUAAAAACUGGUUAUUAAUGAAGUAUGCAAAGGAAGUGUGGAACAGAGUCUCUGUGGCACCGUAUUUGAAAAAUGAAAGUGACACUGCACAGAAGAAUGGAGUCAUGGCUUGUUGUGGGGGAAAUGGAAAGCCAGGUACCUCAUUUGUCAUGUUGGAUUCUGGAGGAAAAUUGGUUGAUGUGAUGCAUGCUCGUUCACUUACACUACGAUCUCUGAAUAUCAUUGACCAGCAGAGCAAGAAAAAUGAUCAACAGUGUGUCCUAAAGUUCCUAACAACUUAUCAACCACGUGUUAUUGUACUGGGAGCAGAUAAUGCAUUCUGUUUAAGGUUGAGGGAGGAGAUUAAUGAGAUUAUUUCAAUGAUGUCGGAGCACAAUGUUCAAAACUUUAGUCAACAAAUGGAAGGAGUGCCACCAGUUGUGUUAGGGGAUGAAGGCUUGCCUCGUCUUUAUGAAGAUUCAAAAAUUUCUGAGAACCAGCUUCCCAGACAACAUGGCAUUGUCAAGAGAGCUGUGGCUCUUGGACGUUACCUUCUAAACCCGCUGGCUAUGGUGGCAACAUUAUGUGGAGUGAAAAAUGAGAUUGUGUCAUGGAAGUUGAACACCCUGGAGAAAUUCCUAACAAGUGAUGAGAAGUUAGAGAUAAUUGAAUGGGUCAUGACAGAUGUUACAAACCAAGUAGGCAUAGACAUAAAUUUGGCCAUCCGACAUGACUGGCUGCUAGCUCCUUUGCAGUUUGUUUCUGGUCUUGGACCCAAGAAAGCUGGCGUGUUGCAUAGAGAAUUACUUGGGGGUACUGAUGUGAGAAAUAGAAGGGAUUUGGCUAAAUUUGGGCUGGAUAAAGAGAAGGUUUUCUGCAAUGCUGUUGGCUUUUUAAAGGUUUCUUGCGAUGAAGAAAACUUUGUUGACAAUGGUAGCAAUACUCUUGAUCAUACAAGAAUUCAUCCAGAGUCGUAUAAUCUUUCUGAGGAAUUAGCAUUAGCUGUUUACAAGAAACAUGUUCCUGAUCCAGAAGCUAAUUUUUCUGGAGUGAAUGCAAUUGAAUACAUUCAAAAUGAUCCAAACCUGCUUGAGAAUUUUGAUUUAAAUGAAUAUGCUGAUAGAUUGGAAAUAGAAAAAGGUGAAUACAAAAGGAUUACUCUUAUUGACAUAAAGAUGGAAUUACUUCAUGGAUUUAAGGAUCCUAGGAUUCCCUAUACGGAACUGACUCAAGAGGAGGAAUUCUAUAUGAUAACUGGAGAAACUGGGGAUGCACUAGUUGAAGGAAAAAGAGUUCAGGCAACAGUUCGUAACGUGAUGUCUAAACAGGCAUUUUGUGUGCUUGACUCCGGAAUGACUGGAGUACUUUUUAAGGAGGACUUUUCAGAUGAAACUGAGAAUAUCUCUUUAACAGACAAAUUGCAUCAAGGUGCCGUGCUUACAUGCAAGAUCAAACUAAUUGAUAAGAACAAAUGUUGGGUCAAUCUGACUUGUAAAUUGAGCGAGCUGAAGAAUGAUGGUGAGCAAGGUUUCCAUGACAUGGAUCCUUAUUAUCAUGAAGGAAACAUCAUUUCAAUUAGUCAGGUGGAGAGAGCAGACAAAAUGGAGCUUGGAACUAAAAAUUUCAAGCCCAGGAUGAUUUCUCACCCCAAUUUUCAAAAUAUAACUGCAGAUCAAGCAAAACAGUUCCUUGCAGAUCAGGAAGUUGGGGAAUAUAUUUUUCACCCAAGUUCAAGGGGUCUUAGUUUUUUGAUCCUGUCUAUUAAAAUUUUUAAUGGAGUUUAUGUACACAAAGACAUUGUGGAAGGUGGCAAGAGUCAAAACUUGCCUGAACUUGGAGAGACAUUAAAAAUAGGAGAGGAAACAUUUAAGGACAUAAAUCAGGUUAUUGAACACUAUGUCAAUCCAUUGGUAGUUCAUCUGAAAGAUAUGAUUAAUUUCCGAAAAUUUAAGAAGGGCACAAAAGCUGAGGUUGAUGAACUCUUAAAACUUGAGAAGGAUGAAUAUCCAAAUAGGAUAGCAUAUGGCUUUGGCAUUUCAUAUGAGCAUCCUGGCACUUUCAUCUUGUCUUACAUUAGAAGUAGAAAUCCACAUCAUGAGUUUGUUGCUAUCCAGCGAAAGGGAUUCAAGUUUAGGAAGCAAAUAUUCAAAAAUAUUGAGCAGCUGGUGGCAUAUUUUCAAAAUCAUAUCAAUGAUAAUGUUGCACCUGCAAAAUCCUGCAUAGCAGUUGGAUCAUUUAGGGAGUCCUUGUCUGGAGGAUGGAGAAGCAACAAUGUAGAUCAGCACACUGAAUCAAUAGCUUACAAUGACAGUGGAAAUGGUAGUAAUGCUGGUUGUGGCCGUGGCCGUGGAGGCCGUGGACGAGGCCGCGACCGUGGAGGCUGUGGACGUGGCCAUGAUAGUGGAGGUUGUGGACGUGGAUUUGGCCAUAGAUCUGGCUCUCGUGAUUAUUUUAAUGGUGAUGACAAUGAUGGAAGUAGUUUUCCAAGUUCAAAUUGGGGCUCUGGUUCUAGAGAUUCCCCUGAUGAUUCCUUUGGUGCAGGUAAGAGUUGGGAAGUGAGGGGUUCUGGAGAAGGCAAUGGCGGGAGACAAGGUAGGGGUAGGGGAAGGGGAAGAGGAAGAGGAAGUAGAGGAAGCCAAGGUGAUGGCCAAGGACGUGUUCCUUGGGGUGGAAAUAGCCACGAGAGAGGUGGUUAUAGUGAUGGCAAUAGUGAUAGUGGUUGGGGACAAGGUCAGGAUCAGGGAAGAGGAAGCGAUGGUAAUGGCCAAGGACGUGGUCGAUGGGGUGGAAACAACUCAAAUGAAGAAAGGAACAAGGACGAAGAGAGCAGAGGAAAUGGCAGUUGGGGAUUCGGUAAUGCUGGGUCAGGAAAUGAGAACUCAGGAAGGGGGAAGAAUGCAACUCCCUCUGGUGAUGGCAGUGGAUGGGGAGGGACAGGGGGUAGUAGUUGGUAACUAUUUUAACUGCCAGUGAUUCCUAGUGGUUGUUAUUUUCCUCUCUAGAAAUGAAUGAUAUCUUGUUUAGGGUACAUCUUAUUAUAUAUUUGGCCUGGUUACUGGUUAGUAUUUACGCAAACAUAAUAUUUGCAACGUAUUACUUGAUAAGUUCGUCAUCACAUUUAGGGACAUAUUUUAACAGUUUCUCUUUAUCUUAAUCUUUCUUCCCUCCCCUGUUCAAUUAAGGAGAUUGUUAUCAUACAAUUUUAUCUUUUA